AGGAUACAGUAACCAAAACUGUUUGAUUUCCAGUGGUGGGAUAACGUAAGUUCAGUUUCUGUUCUGAUGAUGCGAUAACAAACUUCAUCUGUACUCACAUGUUUAGUCAGUGUACCGCAGGGUUAAUGGGUCGAAAGUCCCGUCCUAAUAGAAGGCAGCCUGGCCACUAUCGACAUCGACCCGCUUUCCGUUACAAGGACAGGACUGCUUCUUCAUCACUAUCUCUGCCUCUGUCGACUGGUCUCAGAGACACUAAGGACUAUGAAGAAAGGUUGUCACUCCUUACUACACCACUUCAGAACGGAAUGUUUAGCUAUGAACCUGAAACGUCAUCGGAUUCUGUUCUUCCCCCAUCUCGGGAAUAUGUCAGAAAAGCAAUUCAGGGAGAAAUUAAGAUUUCCACAGAAAAUGGAGAAACAAGAAUACUGCAUGGCUUUCCGGAUUGGGGCGAGACUGCUGUCAAUGGAGACCACAUCUGGGUUGCCACAAGUGCCUCUGGAGACUUGUGCUAUGUUGGAGAAAACGAUUGCUCAAAACAAGGGCCCAGAAUGAAGUGUCCUGCUUGUAAAAUAACUGCUCACACUGGGUGUAUAAGUAUAUUAAUUGAGAAGAAGUUUUAUUGUAAGCCAACGUUUAAAGAUGUUGGAAUAAGGCAGUACAGAGAGCAAACUGUGAUUCACCAUCAUUGGGUUCAUCGGCGACAGCAGAAAGGCCGCUGUAAACAAUGUGGAAAGGCUUUCCAGUCCAAGCUUUCAUUUGGCAACAAGGAGAUCGUUGCUAUUGGUUGUUCCUGGUGUAAGUCCGCUUAUCACAACAAAGAAUCGUGUUUUAAUAUGCAAAAGCUAGAAGAACAGUGUACAAUGGGAAACCAUACCGACAUCAUUGUUCCUCCAUCUUGGAUAGUCAAGCUUCCACGAAAAGGAUCCUUUAAAUCUUCACUGCGCAGGUCGCCAAAGAAAAAGGGAUCUACGAAAAGGAAAUUCAAGAAGGAGAAUGAAAAAGAACAGCCAAGAACGUUUGCAAUUAAGCCCAUUCCUUCAACAUCAUCUAAACCAUUAAUUGUGUUCAUAAAUCCUAAAAGUGGAGGUAAUCAAGGGGCCAAAUUAAUGCAAAAAUUCCAGUGGUUGCUUAACCCUCGACAAGUGUUUAAUUUAACUCAGGGAGGUCCUAGUGCUGGACUAGAAUUGUACAAAAAGGUUCCAAACCUGCGAAUUUUAGCUUGUGGAGGAGACGGAACAGUGGGCUGGGUGCUAUCGCUUCUUGAUGAAAUAGACAUAACUCCUUCUCCUCCUGUAGCAGUACUACCUUUAGGUACAGGAAACGACCUAGCUCGUGCACUUGGCUGGGGAGGGGGUUACACCGAUGAACCAAUUUUUAAAAUACUCUCUAACAUUCAAGCCGGAGACACUAUUCAGCUAGACAGAUGGAAUCUUCAUGUUGAGAAAAAUCCUGAUAUUGACACAUCAAGCUGUGAAGAAGGUAAAACGAACUUGCCUCUCAACGUUGUGAACAACUACUUUUCUCUUGGUGUUGAUGCUCAUAUAGCUUUGGAAUUCCACGAAGCGAGAGAAGCUCGGCCUGAUCGAUUCAACAGCAGGCUAAAAAACAAAAUGUUUUAUGGGCAAGCAGGUGGAAAAGAUUUGUUACAAAGAAAAUGGAAAGAUCUGUGCAACUUUGUCACUCUUGAAUGCGAUGGACAGGAUUUGACACCGAGAUUGAAGGAGCUUCGCAUCCACGCUGUCUUAUUUUUAAACAUUCCCAGUUAUGGUGGAGGAACAAGGCCUUGGAUAAAUCCUGGGACAGGGUUCGAGCUUCAAAGAACAGAUGACGGGCUACUUGAAGUUGUAGGCCUUACUACAUAUCAACUACCGUUGCUUCAAGCAGGCGGUCAUGGGACUUGCCUCGCUCAGUGCCGGCAAGCCCGAAUCAUCACAACCCGUACAAUUCCUAUGCAAGUGGACGGAGAACCAUGUAAAUUACUACCAUCCAUAAUUGAACUGCGCCUUCGAAAUAAAGCCAGCAUGGUUGCCAAGGCAAAGAGACAUGGUGAUACUCAAAGCAUGCCUAUGUUGGAGAAAUUAACAGUUGAAGUUCGGAGACUUAAUAUGAUAGAGUAUGAGAAAUACCACUACGAUAAAGAAAAACUGAGAGAAGUCUCUAUACCUCUGGGAACACUAUGUGUGGAGCUGGGUACUGAUCUGGAACAAAUACGAGUUAGAAUAAAUGAGCUUCUGGAGAAAACAAGAGAGGCCAUAUCAGAAGAUGACUUUGGUUCUCAAAAUCUUUCUCCAGAAUGGUGUUUUGUUGACUCUUGUACCGCAGAAAGAUUUUUUCGAAUUGAUCGGGCACAGGAACAUCUUUACUAUGUAGUAGACAUAUGUGGGGACGAUCUCUAUAUUCUUGAUCCUGAUGCUACGUUUUCUGUUGAUUCUAAUGAACAAGAAGAAACAAAGUGUCUUGAAAACUAUGAAUCAACAGCUGCAUUAAACGGACGUGAACAAAAUGUCACAAGUCCCAGUAACCAUGACAAAAGACUGCUAACGUUCGUAUCUAACGAACCGGAAAGAAAUGUUUCAGAAAAAUUCUCAGAUGAUGUGAUAAUUACUUCUAAAGCAGGUGACAUAGGGCUGCUUCAAAAGUUACACCAAAGUGGAUAUAGUCUUCUUACCAUAGAUCAAUACGGGAUGACCGCCCUACAUCAUGCGGCUCGAUACGGACAGAAAGAUGUCGUUCGAUACCUUAUUGCUAAUGCUCCUCCUUCCAUGCUGGAUAUGGUUGAUAACGAAAAAGGUCAAACAGCACUUCACAAGGCUGCAGCUUACAAACGUCGAACCAUAUGUUACCUUCUGGUAUCAGGAGGGGCUUCUCUGACUAAAGUUGACAAACAGGGGAUGACACCCAGAGAAUUAGCAAUAAAGGCAGGAGAUAACGAUCUGGCUUUGUACCUCGAGAAACAGCAACAUUUCCAGGUUUUAAUAAGAGACAAAGAGACUGCUGUUUGACAAGGAUCAAUGCUAGUUCAAAGUUUUAAGUCCUAAAUCAGGCCUCGUAUCUCCACUCUGAAAAAAGUCGUGUUUUGAAUGAAAACUAAAUUUAACAAACUGUGUUUUAAACAUGUUUUAUACCCCUGAAAGAAACAAAUAAGUAAUAUUUUGUCAUAAAUAAAAACAUUGAAUUUUU